GUUUAGUCCUCGGUCGCCUAGCAACCUAUUAGUACACCUCAUUGUAAACAACGCUGGUUGAAGGGUCAUUAUGAAUAGCAGAGAACUCACAACGUCCCGAUGGUUGGAAGCGUACGUUGACAGGAGUGCGGGCUUAAGGACCCUACCGAGAAAUGCGGUCCUAGCUGACGUAACGGGAGACGGAAGCUACCGCUUGGUGCUCACCGACAUCAAUCUAGAGUAUUACUCACAAAGCAGGCUUAAAUCAUAUAACGGAACACAGCUGGUAUCAGACGAAAUUCUUCACGACGUACCCAAUUCGUUAAUUACGUUUUAUUGCGACGAGUUAGAGCCGAGGAUACCAGCCAUCGGAGUGGCAUGUGGAUCAGACUUGUUCAUGUACAAGAACUUAAAGCCAUUCUACAAAUUCCGCGUGCCUAGCUGUCCUCUGACGUCGGUAGAAUCGGAGGCGUGGAAGAAGGUGCUAGAUGAAAAGCAGGUUCAAGUCGGCACGUUUUUGGAAACGUUGAAAAGCGUGCCGUACCAUUCGUUGAGCUCGAGAUCUCAGUAUCUCCUCAAUUUGCCAUCCGACCUCAAAACCGAGGAAUUUGUCAACAAAUAUAUGAACAGUUUACCGACGAAGGAUAACACUAUAACGUGCACCACCACGCUGAGAAAAACUUCGCAUAAUAAACACGACUUGUCUUGUCCCGUUGUCGCCACGGAAUUUGGGAACGUUUAUGUUUUGGAUCCGCAAAAUUUUUCUAUUCUUCAGCAGGCGAACGUUUGCAGCAUUGAAACCACCCCGUUCAUCAUGAAAUCCGCGGGAGCGUACGAAAUAGAGUAUAAAAUUGUAAUCGCGACCAGGGAAGGGCACGUCUGCAUUCUAAAAAGAGAAUGGCUUGAAGGAAAAUCGAUUAUAAACUGGAAAAACGAUAUCGUAGAUAUGGAAUUGAUACCGGGCGACAAUCUGAUCGUGAUAGCUUGCAACGACAAGACCCUAAAUUGUUUUACAAAACGAGGUCAUCGGUUGUGGUCUAUCGUCAUGACGAAUUCCAUUACUUGUUUGUGCGUAGUCGAUAUCCUCCAUUUGAAUACGCAGUUGCUCGCUGUUGGUGUUAAAAGCGGACCCAUUCACGUGUAUAGCAGUAGACAUGUGGUCGACUACGUGUCUGUACCCGACACCCCGUCUGUUCUAGCUUUUGGUCACCUCGGUCAAGAGGAAAACGUUAUGACCAUAAUCACUUCAGACGGCUCUAUAAUAUUCAAGAUAUUAAAAAGGACUGCCGAAUUUAAAGUCAGAAACCAGGAGUCCAAUCAAACUACUCAGGGUACGUUGUCUUUACCCAAACGCAGCAAACUCUUUUUGGAACAAACCGCGAGGGAACGACAACACGCUGUCGAAAUCCACCAGAUGUUUCAGCAAGAUCUGUUAACAUUCCGACUGACCGUCGCCAAAGCAAUUUGCCAAGCGUUUACCGAUCAAUCCUCCACCGGCAAUCAAAAAGAACAAAUAAAAUUGUCAGCGCAAGUUUUGGGUUUGGGUCCAAAGUUCACGGUCGUGCUUAGCCUGGAGAAUAUCAACCCGGAAAAUCACGUCAAGGGUGUUUUCGUUACCUUUCACGUCAAUCCGUCAUUAUACAAACUUAGCCGCCAUUUUGUUGAGAUACCACUAAUACCACCUGGGCUGUCAUACAAAAUCGAGACCAGAGUUAUAGAAAUUGUCGACGCUCAACUUCAAGACCAAAUUCAGGAUAAUACGGGACUGCUCAAUAAGAAAAUGUUAAAAGUGUUCGUCGCUAGGAUUGGUCAAUCACAACCGAUACUUGCAGCUACAAUAAAUAUGCCUCCUACAGAAUUUAUUGUUUAAAAAUAUAUUCAAAGUUAAGACACCUAGUUUAUUAUUUACUGUACUUACGUUAAUUACAGUAAUUACAUUUAUUGAGAACUUAAUUUGAAUAUAAAAGUUUAUUUUGAUUUUUUUUUAUUUUUGACUUCUGAUAAACGUUUGCAGGGUAAAUGGGUAAAUGGGUAAAAGGGAAUAAUGUUCUCCAAAUUAAUAUUUGAAACUGGUUUAUUGCAACAAAACUUCGUUUUUUUUCAAUUACGACACGGUAAAACGAACUGAUAAUUUUAUUCUACAUAUAUGGUCUAUUCCUUUCUCUAUAUAUAGUUAUUUUGAACAAGCAUUUUGUUAUUUCAUAUGUUCUAUCAAAAGUAAAUCAAACAACAAAAUUCUUCCUAGUUACUAAUCAUUUUGACAAAUUUUGCUAUUAGUACUGGUACAGUGGCAGGAACACAGUCAGCUUGACGGUAAAAAUUCCAUAGCUUUAGACAAAUAUUCAAUUUUGUCUUCUACCGGGUGUCCCACAAAUUGAAUUUUUUACAUAACUGGAUAACCAUAAUCACUAAUUUGCUUCUUUAACUAGUAAUGGCUUUAAAAAAACAUCUAUAGGUGUAUACAAAUUUUGGAACAGUCAAAUUUUGCAAAUUUUUAUCAAAAGAAUUUUUCACAGCAAUGUGCGAUAUGAGAUUUUUGCAUUUUAUCCUCAAUGGUCAUCAAUCGAGCAAACAUCCAAGAAAUCGAUUAUUUAUAAAUGAUAAACAAUCAUAAAAACUUUCCAAACUAUGACAAAAUUCAAUGGCGUAGUCAGUUUUCUUCUAAAACUUGAACAUUUUGAUACACAAGCUAAACCUAUGUUUUUUCAAUGGAAUAUCCGGUAUGUAUUUUAAUAAUUUAAUUAGGCGUGUCAAAACUAUGUAACUCAUGAGAGGUAUUUCAAAUGCAAAGUAUUAUUUUUUUAAUGGGUGGUGCAUGAUUUGUUUCGUAAUUGUUAUUGCCCCAAAAUAUGACAAUUAUCAAUGCAUAUUUUUUGUAAAAAUGUAUGUAAUCUAUGUAAAAAAUUCUUUAUUU